AUGGACGACGUCAGGCAAGUGGCCUCAAUAACCUCAGUGGACUCCAUGGAUACGAAGUCGCCCGUGGUGUGGAUGAGACUCCGAAAGCUGCAAGGACACCCAAUCUGGCUCGGUGCUCUGUAUAACCCCCCGAACCCGGUCACCAUGCUGCUGACCAUCUCUGGAGACCCCUGGUCGACAUCGCACCACCAAUAG